AUGUCUGCAGGAAGAGGUCGUUUCAGGCUUAGAGGAACAUCUAGCCAGAGAGCCGAUGAGCCUAAUGAUGAGCCUAAUGACGAGACUCCAGAGCUACAUAUGGAAGAGCAAGAAAAUCAUGAUAUCCCAAAUGACACUCUUCCUACACUCGAUCCUGAUGCUUUAUGGUUUGAUCAUUACUCUGUUUCAAGUACCAUCACAAAAGUCAUACAAAGCUUUUAUGAUGAACCAUACACAUGCUGGACCAACGCAAAAAAACAUGCUAAAGACUACUGGUGGUUUUCAUUUCAGCAAAGUUACACGUGGGAUAAGAAACACGCAUCAUCAGUUGAAGUUAAUUUUAGGAAGAAAGCUGCAAUAUCUCUUAAAGGCAUGGCCUCUAGGGCCGACAAGGCAAAAAACAACACAAUUAUACCUUGGUUAUCUGCAGAAGUUAGGAGUGAGCUUAAAAUUCUUCGAGAAUCAGAUGAUUUUAAGAAGAAAUCACAACAAUCUAUUCUAAAUAGGUUGGAGGGAGAAAAGAAAGGUAUAAAACAUAGUCAGGGAUCAGUCUCAGCAACUGAGAUAGCUAAACGAGAGAAUGGAAAGAUCCUUUCUGCUCCUGAUCUGUACUUGAAAAAUCAUACAAAAAAGGACAAUACUAUGACAACUGAGGCGGCACAAAAUAUAUGGAAUAAUUUUCAAUCCAAGAAAGCUGCACCACAAGCAAGUGGCUCGACUAAGGGAGAUGAUGAAAUAUUUUAUGAGGCGGUUGGUGGAUAUUCAAAGAAAGGAACUUUUUUUGGAUUAGGAAAUAGUGCUGGAAACUAUUUCACAAGGCCAAGAAAAUCAAUCACCAAUUAUAUAUCAACACCUUCAUCGAGCAUUGUCUCUCAACUCCAAGGUCAACUAGAAUCUACAACUAGUGAGCUCACUGAAACAAGCCAAAAACUCUCAGAUGCUUUAAACAAGAUAGAAGUGCUUGAAAAAGAUGAGAAGAGGAACAAGGAAAUGAUCUUGGAGCUUCAAAAGAAAUUCUCCGAAUUUUCACAAUCUCAAGCUUAG